UGACUCGUAUUUCAGUUUAGUGUGUUUUAGGGUUGGGUGUACUCUCGGCAGCUCCUCACAGUCAUACACUUGCAGCCUGCUCUCUCCAGAAGCAGAAAGUUCUGGGAAUCCUCAGCAGACUGAGCUUUCUUUUUAAAACCGUCUGGUUUUUUUUGGGUGUGCAGCAGGUGCAGCCUUCCUGAUACACCUUAUCUCAGGCGCUGAUCAGCUGAUUAGUCUUCCUGAACUUGGUGGCUACCAACGCCUGGAGCAUUUUCUGUUUCUCUUCUUUAUUUUGCUUUUUUUGUAAAAAACGUUGGCUCCCCUGCUUGGUUCACCUUUUCCUCCAUUACCAAAAUCUACAAUACUGAAAUGGAAAACAAGAAGAAUCGGGAGAAGACAAGAGAUCUUUAUUUGGCAGGAGGAUAAGAUAUGUGACUGUGUUUUUGCUCUCCUGUGAGCAUGCAAAUACCUUCAUCCGGCUGGGAAUAGACCCAGGGAGACUGACACUUCUUAACCUCUUCGUCUGCCGCUGCACUGACGGGUUGUGUGUCACCCGAUGAGCUCCAGCGACGUGAGAUAACAGCACUGGAAAACAUGCGUGGUUGUAAAUUACAACUGCCAAUUCGCUGUGAUUGAACAUUAUCUUCUUGAAGUUUGGAAAUCUCUCUCCCCACCCCUUUUUUUUUUUUUUACGGAAAGCCUGCAUAGAGGGGUGGAUGUUUUUUCCAGCUAACUGGAUUGCCUAAUUACUCCCUUGGGUUUUGGAAUCAUGCCCAAAGACGUAAAGCAAAAAGAAACGGAAGAGAUGUGGAAAGAUGAUUUGAAGAAAGAAUUUCAGUUUGUGAAAGGAGGAUGAUAUGAACGAGGUCGAAAGUUGGGAGCUGCCGAGAAGUCGUGAUGUGGAGUCGGACAAAAUACUUGGCUUAUGGAUGAAGUUCCUCCUGAAACUAAUUUACUCCUCAAUGUGGAAUCUGAUUGGAAUGUGUGUGGAUUUGGAUUGCUUUCCCUUAAUAUUUGGAGUUACUCCUAAAACAGACAUUCAACCACUGGAUUAGUGACUAAGGAGGCUAAUUAUCUUAAACUAUUUCAUCUGACCUCCUCCUAAACUUGCUUCUCCGAGCAAAGAUGAGAGGAGACCGGCGAUCCGCUUCAUUCCACAAGGAAAAGCCGGCAGGGCUUUCGCGGGCUCUCAGUUGGCUCAACAUGUCGCCCCUCUCCCACCAGGGGAGACGCUUCUUCCACAGUCAAAGCGAUCUCCAUCUGGUUCCCAACCGCCGCUCGCGCUCACGCACUCAUCUUCACAUGCCUCAAAAAGACGAGGCUGAGGACGAUGACAACUGGGUGUACAGACCUCAACACAAAAUAGCUGUGUCUAACCUGGACGAGGAGAGCAAAUGGACGGUUCACUACACGGCUCCCUGGCAUCAACAGGAGAACGUCUUUCUCCCCGGCAGCAGGCCGCCCUGUGUAGAAGACCUUCACCGGCAGGCAAAAGUCAACCUUAAGACUGCUUUGCGAGAAUGUGAUAAGUUGAGGAAAGAUGGCUUCCGGAGCUCUCAGUACUACUCUCAGGGUCCCACUUUCUCUGACCCCAAACAGUCCAUCAGCAGCCUACAGGAUGACGAGGAUGAUGAAAAUGACAGAAAGUCGACAGCUUCGUCAGCGGAGGAUGACAAAUCUCAGCUCUCCGUGAGAUCCCCGACGCCGCAGGGUGGGAGCGAGGUGGGGGAGGCGUCUGAAGUUGACGGGCAGGUGGUAUGGAACAAGGCUCCGCCUCUCCCGACCCCGGAGGAGAAGAUGAGGCAGGCGGCUCAGGCCGUGCCCACAGAUAUGGUGCCCAUCAACAUUACAGGGGCAGUGUUUGACCGCCAGGCGAGCAUCCGGCGCUCCCUCAUUAACACUGACACCGUGCCCCGCCGGCCCAAGAAGGUCAAACGCAGAAAGACUAUAUCAGGGCUGCCUGACAACAUCAACCAGGAGCUAGCAGCUAAAGGGCGAGGCGGAGAACUUCGGCCACAGUCCAUGUUCAUCCCAGGACAGUACUCCACUUUGGGCCGAGUGGGGAGCGUCAACUCAACUCUCCGACAUUCAGAGACCAGAGACUCGAGCUGCCAGACGGAGGAAGUGAAGAUUGUCCCCCCGUCUAUGAGGAGAAUCCGGGCGCAGAGAGGACAGGGGAUUGCCGCUCAGAUGGCCGGUAUAUCUGCUUCCUCUUCCACGGGAAGCAUCUCCAUCUCCAGCAGCGACAGCUCGGGGGUUGUAAUUAUGCCCCAUCUGUUUAACGGAGACCCCUCCCGUUUUCACAGCCUCCCUCGACAAGGUGCUAGGGUGUCCCUCAGUGCUGAUCCUAUCUAUAGCAGCACGCCCAAAAAGCCAGAGGACCAGCCUCAGAGGCAGAUUGGGAAGCUACAGGUUGACGACACGGUGGUGCACAUGAGGAAUACUCCGAGGAUGAACCCUUUACCCAGGCCCAAGUCUCAAGAAGUGAGAGGGACGCACCCUACUGAGUGGGGAGGCAGCACGGCGUGCGUCGUCUCCCCUCAUGCUGCUUAUUCCACUUCCUACAUCCCCAAUGCCACACUGUCUAGCUCGACUGAAGUGAUUAGCCUCAAGACCUCCAGUCAGUCAGUUUCAGCUUACCCCAUGUCUCGAGCACUCAGCCAGGCUUCCUCUACCAACACCGACCACCUGAUGUCCAGUCCAACCGCUUUUAGCCACAGCCCAUCCUUGACCACUUCCACCCUCAUGCACACACCUCAGGACAUUUGUCUCACACCUGCCAGGCCAGCUAGUGAGUCGGGUCACUCAGACAGCAGCAUCCACAGCCGCAGCACCCUGGCCCCCACUCCGCCGUCCUUCCUACCAGAAGAGAAUUGGAUCUAUGACACGCCUGAAAAUGUGAUGACCCCACACCGCACCCUGACCUCCAGCUGCUCAACCCCAAUCAACCAGCUCUACAGCAGCUUGGAACACUCCUCCAGGACCACCACCGACUCAAGUUCACUCUACUCUCAGGAUAACGAUGGGUACUACACCUCUAUGCACCUGGAUUCGGGUCUACGCUCCCGAAGUCACGGUAGCGGGCAUGGUGCCACAGCUGGACGAGCCUCCAGACACAGCAUGUAUGAGUGUCGCGAGAUGGUUGGUGAGGAAGACUCUGGGAGCCUCUACAGUGACCGCUCCCUCUCCCGCAGCAUCUCCCUCCGCAAGUCCAGGAAACCCCCGCCUCCCCCAACUCGCACAGACUCUCUGAGACGCAAGCCUGCAGCAAAGAAACCCCUAGGAGGCGUUGCCGCCAUUAGCGGUGCUAAUAUUCCUAAUGGCAGUAUGCUCAGUGAGACUUUGAUUGCUAGCUUGCAGCAAAGCUUACAGAUGGGACUGAGAGAAGGAAAGGGAAAGGGUGCUUCGCCCUCCUCACCAUCGCACAGUCCAAGCAGUGACUAUGAUGACCCUUGGGUGAUGCGGUCACGCAGUCAGAGCAGCAUCAGUGCAGGUAGCUCUGCAGCCUCGCUAGCAGCUAGCGCCAACGGUGCUGGCAUGCCAAGCGUGUACUCUCUCUGCCACGUCACGCCCACCCCCAGUGACACUAGCAGCUUGCGUUCUGACUAUGCCGAGUCCUGGGGAUACUACUCAGACUACCCACGCAGCCAAGUUGACCAGAGGGUCCAGACACCUCCUGGCCAUGCUGCAGAUAGGGUCACAGCUGGGGGUCAUCCAGGAAAGUUUCGGAAAGCAGGUCAGACCCAGGGGGCUCCAUCUCAGGAAGUAGAGGUGUCUGCAAAGAGCAAACCCUCCAACUCCUCACCGGACCGGGUGCACAGACUCACCUCCCCAUCCAGCGGCUAUUCCAGUCAGUCCAACACCCCCACAGCUGGAACACCGGUACCCGCAUUCGUCAGGUCCAUGUCUCCGUCGGGUGGAAAACCUAGACCGAAAGUCCCGGAGAGAAAGUCGUCUCUACUCUCCUCGGUUUCUGUCUCAUCCUCCUCUACUUCGCUGUCCUCCAAUACCUCAGACAGUCUGAAGUGCUCUGGUCCCCCUCCACCACUUCCACCACUGCUGUUCUCCUCCUCAGCUCCCACCACCCCUCUCAAUGCACCUCCACCCUUCCCUCCCCCUCCAACUUCUACUCCUCCACCUCCGCAGGAUACUUCUUUCCCUGCUCACUCCACUUCCCCAGAAUUUCCUCCUCCACCGUCCCCAGACAUGCUAAUCCAUACCAGCUCAUCUUUCAAUGGGAGCCUCAGUCCACCCCCUCCCCCGCCUCUCCCUGCCAUAGGGCCCCCUCCACCUCCUCCACUUCCUAAUUUUGCUUCAGUGUGUACCUCUCCUCCUAAGAAGACAGCAAAAGAUCCUCCUAUGGCAGAUCUUUCCAAUAGCCCCUCAAACUCGCCCAAGCCCUUGAUCACCCCGUUUGCGCUGCAGAGUGUUCAGCUCCGCUCAGUUAGACGACCAGAGAAUGAAAUCAACAGUAAAUCAGACAACAUCGAAACAAGUCUAGAAACCAUUUUGGGUCUGAAACAUCAGGACCAGGAGUUGUCUUACUCUCAAGGGCAUCCCACUGUACUGACCUCGUUGACUGGCUCAUCUGAACAGGAUUCGCUCAAGGCCCCGCCGUCACCUGUGUCGCAGCUUCUGGAAGAGCUGUCACUGGACUGCAGUUUCACAGAUGAAACACCAGAUGGCGCUCCCAUCAAUGGGGAAACUGAUGAGCAGAGUUACCGUAUGUUAAACGGUGAAGAAAACAAGGAACGUAGCUCCCCCAUCAAACAAAAGCCCCCAGCCGUCGCCAAGAAACCCAAAGUUUCUCUGAUAUUACCGUUUAGCACAGGCGAACAUGUCCAGCCACAGCUUCUGGAUGCAACUCCUCUAACCCAAGCAGAUGACCAAGUGGAUGCACCACACAGGCAGAUAGAUGAGGAGGUGAUAGAGCAGAGUGAGGAACAGGAAGAGGAGGAUACUCAAGAAAGCUUUGAGCUGUCAGGGAGAGGUGAGACAUCACCAGACCAGGAUGACUCCUACUAUACAAAUGAAGACAGAAGUGUUGAUCAUGAACUUGCAAACGGAGAGGCUCAGGAAGAAGAAGAGGAAGAAGAUGGAAUGAGUAGCACCACUGGGUCAAUCAGCUCCAAGGAUGAUGAUAUAGGUGAGGUUUUUGAACCCAGCACGGCUGAAUCGUCUCCGCCCCCGUCAGCGAACGGGGCGUCUGAGAAGAACAUGGUGACCCCUACUCCCACUGCUACCCGACCCAGAACCACAGAGGACCUCUUUGCUGUGAUUCACAGGUCCAAGCGGAAAGUUCUGGGACGUAGGGAGUCUGAAGAAGACAAAUCCCUAACUGGGAGCCAGCCCCAGUCUCCACCGUCGACCCCCACCAGCCUGUCUCCGGGGACGGUGUCACCGCUGCCCCGCCAGGCGGGCUCUAUCCAGCGCAACCUCCGCAAGACCUCCACCAGCAGCGAUUCCUUCAAGGCCCUCCUCCUCAAGAAGGGAAGCCGCUCCGAGACCAGUUUCAGGAUGUCUGCCGCCGAGAUGCUUCGCUCCACUGACCCUCGCUUCCAGCGAACACGCUCGGAUGGCUCGUUAGACCCCGCUCUGGGUUCGCCCACCUCGCCGAUUACCCCAAACAGCCCCUCCAACUCUCCCAGCCGAGGUAAGAGGGCAUCCGAACUGGAGUGGGGCCGCUACGAGGGUCUGUCGUCGCCUACAUCCUCGCCCUACUCGAUGGGCACCUCAAAGUUCGGACGCUCUCGCACGCCGCCGUCUGCCGCCAGCAGUAAAUACAACGCCCGGAACAGAAUCCUCAGCAGCCCCAUGACCGUGAUCUGCGAGCGCGAAGGAGAACUGGCUGAGAGCGAGAAUGGAGAAACUGCUGAAGAUCUGUCCGACCCAGCGGUCCGGACUCUCCCCGUGCUCACAGACUCCAAUGGCACUUGAUAAGCUGAGCUCAUGUGGAACAUAACCUAGAAGGGGGUCCAAAGAGGGCCCUCCCCGAGCUCCAGCCCCCUUUGUGCUGCCUCUGACGGAGGGAUCUGAUGCCAGUGGUCACCUGAUCAUGAACCACGCAAACCUGUCUGAAGUGGAAAAAUGGCUCUGCUAGUAUGAUUUCAUUCAAUCUUGUAGUGAUUCACCUCCUGUUAAAAGAAGUCCUUCUUUAACAUCUGGUGUCUUUUAUUUAAAUGUUUUAAUUAUCCCUCUAGUUUAAUUAAAGAACAAGCAUUUGAGGGCAAGCUAAGGUGAAGGAAUCAGAGUUGUAAACAUUUAACUUUGCAGCUGUGGCAGCUGGAAAGUAAAGAUGUGUUUUUUGCUCAGCUUGUGAAAACUCAGUUUCUGUGUUUUGCUGCCUGGCUUUAGAAAGUGACUGAAAGCAGCACCGUUUACAAAGUCAAACUGGAGGACCAGGUACAGCAGACAGAAAGCCUGACGGUACACCUUCAACUGUAGAAACACCAGCUUUUUACUUUCUCCUCACAGCUCAGCCGUUAAUGUGUUCAGUGGUCCACAGGACGUGCAGAGGGGCUCAGUGCUGCCACCCAGAGAUGGGAUCAGUGCGGACGAUACCAAGACUGGAUGAAAAAAAUCUUGACUUUUAGUUUGUAGACUUUGCACUGUGCAUAGAUCUGUUUCUGUUUGUGACUUUGAAUUAUGUUUUAAAGAUCGUUUUAGUUAUGAGUUGUGUUUGGGAGUUAAAUAUAAACCUGUAAAUGUAUAUUAAAAGAUCUUAUUUUAUUGUCCAGCUCUUUUAGUUUUCAUGUGGGUAACCAAAGAGUUUAUUAUUAAACAGAACUGGCUGUUAAUCUGAACUCAAACUGAGGGUGUGUUUUUGUCUGGCAACAAAUCUGUUUGAUGUUUGUAGACGUUAAAUGAUUUCUUUUACGAUGUCUGACUAAGUCUGACUAAUUGUUUUAUAAACUAUAAAAUUUUAGAGCCCUGUGUUUACUUUUACAUCGUUUAUUUCUCGUCGCAGGGCAUUGGGAUUUUGUUCCUUAUUCCUUAUAAGGAGGGUUACUUCAUAGUUCUCAUGUCAAAUUUCAGUACUCUACACUUUUUUAUAUUUAGAUUGCUGUAUAAAUACAAAGAAUUACUUUGGCAAUAAUCUUCUGUGCUCAGGAAUUAAAUAUGUAACAUGGAUGGUCAAAUGUUGGACUAAAAGAUGGAUGGAUGGAUGGAUAAUGGCUCACAAAUGAAUGUUUGGAUGAUGUAUAGAUUGAUUGAUGAAUGGAUGGUCCUGAUUUACAAUGGAUUGAUGAACCAACAGAUGAUGGAUGUGUACAAAACUUAGACAACUGGAUUGAGAAUACAAUCUGGAAGUACAAGACCUGGAAAAAACAUUAGACCUCCAUAGAUUUCCAGGCUGUUUAGGAGCCAUGAGUGUAGGCUUGUAGUUUGAUAUAAACAUUUCUGUUAAUAUUC